AUGCCGUCCGCCGUACCUGAACUACCAGUACCCCAAGGCAGGACUAGUGCAGUGUCCACUUUCGAAUCGUCCACAAAUCACAUCACCCGAUGCCAGUCGGAGAAUGCCGGUGGGGAGUGGAAAUUUUGGUUUCUGAUUCAAGCUGCUUCCGGUACCAACGCCGCCAUGCCACAUACCGAUGAGUCGAAAACGCUCUCCGGGUUCGCCACGAGGCAAAUCGAGGAGAAAAUGGAUCACUUUCCAUAG